AUGUGCUGCGUCCUUCAGGGUGCCGAGAGAGUGUUCCCCUCCGCGAACGGUGGGAAACACGGGGCAGGCGCGGGGGGCAGUAAGGGCGCCGGCACCCCUGUUGGCGCCCACGACCUGCCCCUCGAAUCGCUCUGGGCGGCCGGCCUCGACGAGGGGAUGGGAUUCCCGCAGAGAUGUUCAUACGCGAACCAACACACCACCCUCGCAACCUCCUCUGCCAGUAGCCACGCGUCCGCGAAUCCCGAAGACCUCUGGAGAGAGAGGAACCUCACUCAUAGUACCAAUCGAAACGCGAGAUCCUCCACUCGAACGCCACAGAAAAGCUCGUUCAGAACGACCUCGGGGAUCGAUUCCUCGAUCACGGACGAGAUAUGGACGUCAGCGAACGAGCGGCGGUUCUGCCGCACCUCGACAACUUCGACCGGCAUCGGCUCGUCCCUAAACCUGCACGAGAACAAUCGCUCGCUGGAGUCUCGCGAUGGCGAUUUCUACUGCACCGACAUCGAGGACUCCAAGGACACCUACCGCAGAUUCUACCCGACCACUCCGACGACCUCCGGCCUCGGCUCGUCCUCGGACCGGCAGUCCGUGGAGACACAGUGCGGCUCCAGGGAUCUGCCGGAUCACCUGUGGGCGGCCGCGAUGGAGGACGGAUUUUCGCGCUUCAACGCGAUGAAGUCGCUGCAGACGAUCACACGACAACCUCGACCGAAUCACGACUGGGUGAAGACCGAGCGGAUCUCGAGGUUCACCAAGCACCGCACCAUCAGCCAGUCGCCGCAACGCGAACAGGAGAUCUGGACGUCUAAGCUGAACGAGUCCAGCUACGCCACGCAGAGGAAUCCGCACAAGUGCCACCAUCAGGCCAGAAGGAGCUUCUCCACGUCGAUCGUCGCGGACCUCGCGGUCACGCCUGACGGGUCGCAGCAGAGCCUCGGCAGCGGCGAGUUCCUGGAGUUGGAGAGGAGUUACACCCUCUCAACCCCCGGGGGCAGCAGCCCCGUUUGCUGUCCGCCUUGUAGCCCACCGCCCGCGCCGGCCGCAUACAUAUCGAGCGCACGCGCCUCCUCGCGUAGACUCGGCGCCGGAAGUGGUCCCGGCGGACCCACAUCCCCGGAAAGGGAUCCCCUGGGAAGACUGUUAAGAUUCCUGAAGACCUUCUACAGGGAACUGGGCACCCGCGACCCACCCCACCUACCGCCAUGGACGUCCCCGCUUCCGCUCGGCACUCUCUGCCCGGCGCACUUUCAACCACACCUGCAGCUGGUGCACAAGAGCGAGCAGGAGCACCGUCUCGAGAACAUCAAGCCCGACCAAAUCUUCGCCCCUGUCAGGCUGAGCGACGGUACCGUGUCGGAAGCGCCGCGACGUGUCGCCGUCGAAGGUGGCCCAGGAAGCGGCCGCACCACACUCUGUCUGCGACUACUUCACCAGUGGGCGACUCAAAGCGACGGUCCCGCUCUGGCGUUCAUUGUUCCCCUGCGCGAGCUCCGCGGCAGCCCCGUGCUCACUUACCUGGCGCGAGAGCUCUUCCCGAGAACGGCCGCGCUGGGCGAUGCGGUCUCGCAGGUGUGGCGCACCUUGCAUCUCAUGGAGGACCGCGUGCUCUUCGUCUUGGACGGCUACGACGAGUGCGUGGGCGGCAGGGCGUCGCUCGGCGACGCGGCCGAUCUCCUGGAGGGUCGACUGUUCCCGGACGCUAGGAUCCUGGUCACAUGCUCACCCAACAACUCCGUCGCGCUCUCGCCGCUGGUGCAGCGUAGGGUCCAUUUGGCCGGCCUCGAGUGGCAGCACGUGGAACGGCUCUGUGUGGCCUAUUUCAUUCACAACGACAUCGCCGAGAAAGCCUGCGAGUUCCUCGAGGAGCUAAACGUGCAGCCGCAAUCCGUCAGGCAGCUCGGUCAGCAUCCGCUCGGUUGGAUCAUGCUCUGCUGCUUGUAUCAGGAUUCCGGUAGUCUGCCGACCGAGACAAGCGCCCUCGUGCAGGCUGCGGUGAAAUGCAUCGUGAAGAGGAGCCUAGAGCCGCCGAUACCGUACAACGAAGAGAUCCCGGGCCACUGCAGAAAACGUCUCGAGGACUUCGGCAAGGUGUCCCUGGCCGCGCUCAGGGAGGGUAGAUGCUGUUACACCGAGGCGGAGCUGAGGGCGCGCGGCGGCGGCAUCGAGGUCACCCGACUCGGUCUCCUCACGCGAGGUUUAACCUUCGGCCAGAGACGCAAGCCGGACCUCUACACACCCAUCCACAUGGCAGUGGCGGAGUUCUUGGCGGCGUAUUAUCUCACCUCAGUCGCGCAAUACGCCAACAUCCUCCGCCGCGAGCUGGAGGGCCUGCCGUCCGGCAUCAUCGGCCACCUGGCCGGCUUGCUGGGCCCCAAGACCCACCUGAUACUGAACCAACUGUGCCCGCUGGAAGUGCCACCCAGAGCUGUGUUCUCGUUGCUGAAGGCGGCCGGCGCGUCCGACGGCAACAUCUCCGCGGUCUGCCGGCUGGUCGGCGCCGGGCCCGGCUUUGGGCCCGCGCCAAGUGAGAGGCCGCCGGCACCCUUGGUACAUACAUCGCCGCUCGAGCUGGAGGGCUGGGCGAGGAUCUUGGAAAGCUCCGCUUGCACAUUGGAGGCCCUCGAGGUAGUGUUCCAAGUGGAGAGGGGAUCCGAUCCGCGUUACCUCGACGACUUCUUCGACGCGCUCGCUAGUAACGAGAGCGUCAAACUCGUCAGGAUCACGUCCCUCUUGGGACAAGAGUUUCCGGCGGACGAGGCGCAGCGAUUGGCCGGACACCUGAAGAGCGUGCUCGGCAAGAAGAAGCUCAACGACUUUGAGCUUGUCAUCACUUGCCUGGAGGAAGCGGCCCAUGACAGACUGGAAUGCGUGGUGAACGCCCUUUGUCGCGGCCUCGCUCACGCCUCCGGCAGCCUGUCGCGUCUGGUGCUCGACAUGAAUCUGUCCGGCGAGCAAGUAUCCCGAGUCUGCGAGGCACUUCGCGGCUGCAUUCAAGUGCAGGCGCUGCACUUGCCCCAUUUAGGCUGCGGGUGCGAGGGCCUCGCCUCGGUCGCUGAGUUGCUGAAGGAGCGGCCGCUGUUGGCUCUCAAUCUGGCUGGCAGUUGGGGCGCCAAAAACGAGGAUCCGUCCAGCUCUGGCAUCAGUAUGGGUUCAGGUUCUGGUUCGGGCAGCAGUGGCUGCGCCUCCAGCACCCUCGGCACCUUACCGCUGAACCGUUGCUACUCGUCCUUGCCGAGGGGUGCUUUGGCCGCUUAUGGCAGCCUCACACGACCUGCCACCUUGCCACGUCUUCCACUGGGACUGGGCUUAGGUCCAGCGCCCGGCACCGGCAAUGGGCCGCUGCCGCAGAAUGAACGGGAUCGCGACAGCAACGGCAGCAGUAAGAGGAAUAGCGACAGCGUGCUGUGUCACCGACUACCCCUGCUGCAUCCCUUGCCGACCUGCGACGUCACCAGCCACCAGGGUACCGGCUUCCACGAGAUAUUCAACGCCAUCAGAGAGCCAAACUGCAAACUGAGGUCUCUGAACGUGUCCAAGUGCCUCCUGGGCGGCUUGGACGCCGGCUGUUUAGGCGAGACCAUCAGGAGAGCCCGCAAUUUGGACGCGUUGAGGGCCGCCGGAGCGUCGAGACCGGCCGACGUGAUGCCUCUCGUGCUGGCUUUGACAGAAGCGCCGUGUCUCCAGCUGCUGGACCUGUCUAGUCCUCGACUGGCCCUGGACGAUCACCUCUCGAGGCUACUGUGCCACGCUCUCGCCAGGAACACGACCCUCAAGCUGCUCAGUCUGGAGGGAUGGACCUUCCGAAUAGAAGAAUCCGACAGUCUGACGGUGUUCUCGGAGCUGCUGAGAUACACGAGCGUGCGUGAGCUGAGCUUGUGCAAUGCGCGCUUGCAUCUGGCGGUGCACGAGGGUCCUCUGUCGAGAUUAGGACGUCGCGACGACGCCGGCGCCGAGUUGCUCCGAGCCGCACCGCCGUCGGUUUGCCCGGCGAUCGUCUUUCUGAGACUAGCUGGAUUUCAGGUGACAGUGAACGAUCGCCUGGCGCUGCGCGGGCCGCUGCUGCUGCCGUUCUUGGCCGGCUUCACGUCGUUGAGCGAGCUCGACCUGUCGCUGGACAAGUCGACGAUCGGCGGCAGCAGUGGCUCCUUGCUCUUCAUCGACGACAAAAUCCUGCAACAGUUCUUCUGCUGCCUGGCGGCGCACUUCCGCAGCCUGCAGUCGCUGCGGAUCAACUUCUGGCGGGUGACCCUGGAGGACAGCGACAGGACAAUGCGGCAGAUCGCCAAGUACCUGAAGCUCUGCGGCCUGAGCUUCCUGCGGGCGAACGGCCUGAUCGUCACCGACAGCGCCAAGAGGGUGCAGAUGGAGCACGUGUUCGUGCAGACGAUCCUCACGCACCUGCAGUGCCUGACCUGGUUAUGCCUGGACGGGGUCGAGCUCACGGAGGCGCAAGCCACCAGCGUCGGCAAAUGCGUGCGUGACCGUUAUCCCGGCACUAGUCUGGAGAUUAGCGCCAAGGACGUGCACGUGAGAUCGGUGAAGGCUCUGGUGACCGCGGCCGAGGAGGGUGGCCGGACUGAAGUGGUGUACACCGGAGGUUCCAACUGUCGCCUGAAAAUUACGAAGGUGCAGAAGGGCGGCCGGGGCAAGAAGAAAUGAAAGGCCUGUGAACAGUGUACCGGAGGAAAUAUCCUGGCAUAGUUCUCGCCGAGAGGCGGUCGAUCGGAGAUAGAGAGGAGAAAGAGAGGAGGUAUUGAUCUCUUCGCGGAGGAUCCACCGUGUGCGAAGCUGGAGGGAGAGAGCGAACGUGAGAAGAAUGAGGAUCAGAUGAUCCUAUGGAUGAUCGAAGGGAAGGAUGUACCGUUAGCCCUCGAGCAAAAUCCUCGGAAAUCAGGACAGAAUUCUACACGGAGAGAAUAUUAUAGCUUGUGUAUAAAAAAAUUUCUCAGAUAAAUUCUAUCUUCGUAUAAAAAUUAUCUUCAUACCCACAAUUAUAAAUAUAAUUUUAAUAUAUGUAUAUAUACGAAUUCUUUGAAAUUUUAUCGUGUUUUCUGUUGAUUGACGCAGGAAUGUCGAUAAAGAAACUCUAUCUCGCUGAGGAACAUCUCUAUUGACAAUCCGGCCGCCGAAACGUGACAAAUUAUAACAUACAAUUUUUUCACUACUACUAAGAAAUUCCAAAAGAAGCAAAUAUGGCUUCGAGAAAUUUAACAAAAAAGAUUAGUCGGUACUUGGCCUGUAAGAGGCAUAAGAAAUCGGCCGAUGUAAGAUCGUUGGAUUGAAUGCAGUAGAUUUUUUAAAUAGUAAACUUCAAUUCUUAAAGUGUAAAUGUAUGAAAUGAAGGGAUGAUAAAUUAAGGCAGAAUGUUACUGUAGAGUAACCUUCGCUAUAAAAUUCUCUCCGUUUAGUACGGCACGGCGAUGUAGUGUAGAUUCUGCUAAGAGGUCCACGAAUCGGAGUCGUAUAUCGGAGCGAGCGUCGACGUCGAUUAUCGGCGGCCGUGCGCGAGAUAAGCGAGGACGACGAGAAAGACGAAGUAGGAGAGGACGAAGAAGAGAAAAAGAAAGAAAGGAGCGCGUUAACUUUGUGGAUUUUCGUCUUACUGUGAUUUCGUUUCCUGCGCGUCGGCGCGCUCACCUACGAUUUAAGCUCUGUAGAUUAUAGCGAUUGUUAGCUCUCGAGAAAACGAGUCGACGAGGUGCGCGACGUGCUUUCGCUCAUCCGACGCCUGUAAGGGGAUCGCAACGCCGACGACGUUGAAACGAGCGUUCGGUUAAUUUCCGGCGGAUGAUUACCUUCGACAUUCUGAUUCAAGUAGGAUAUUCUCUCUUUGAUAUCGGAUCUUUUGUUGUAAAUUGGGAUAUUUUUUUAGGAAAACCUUCUACGUGGUUUUAAGUAUCGUUUCGUAACGUUAAUUUCGCUACAAUAUUUUAUAACUAAAAAACUUUUUUUCACUAUAUAUUUCGUUGUAAUUCUUUGAAGAUAAUGUGUUAUUGGUUAACAUGUUGACUUCAUUUAGCUUCAGUUAAACACAUAAUUAUCUUCUUUACGAAAAAAAGUUAGCAGAGUUUAACCAAAUACAUUUUUGUAUAGUGAAUUUUUCUAUCCUUGGGAAAGAAAGCGAAAAUAUCCGCACGAAAAUUGGAAAAAACAACGGAUUUUCCUUCGACAUAACAUUUUAUUACAGGAAUGUAAAUAAAAUGAUUACUCUGAACGGGAGCGCAGAAGCAUUUGCUUGAACGUCCUUAGUUUUACGCGAAUAACGUUGCUUUUGGACGAGUUUGCUAAAAAAUGUGAUCAUUAUUAGGAUAUUGACAAUUCGACUCAAACGUGUACAAUUUACUUAAUUUUCUUCGUGUCUUUCUACGUAUUCUUACGCCGUGUGAGCAAGUUCUUUCUCAAGUACAAGAAAACGAUUCGAUGUAUGUUUUUUUUUUUCGUGAAAAAUAUUUGCUUUCGACAAAUGUUUGUUUUACAACUCACUCAGAUGUUGUCGUUGUAAUAAUGUCAGAAUGAGUCGACCCCGUUGGAUGAACGAAGAUCGUAGCGAGGCGUCCGGUGCCGCGGAAGAGUCUCCUCGAAAUUAUUCAGACGGCGGGGAAAAGAGAAGGAAAAAGAGAAGGAAGCAUGAGGAGGGAGGAAAAACGGAAAUACUUAUUAAGUGAUCGAGACGAGGAUAGUUAACGACGGAGGGAGGGGAAAAAGAGGCUGUUGCGAUUACAUAAGUAACGUUCGUUGUUGUUAGAUGGAGUGUAAGAUACGACUCAGAGUAAUAUAUUAUUAGCGAUAGAAAUCAUGAUCACACUAUUAUUAAAUGUUACGACCGACCGGAUCGAUCGGCGAAAUGCGGACCGAAAUGGUGGCUUUACCAGGUGGCGCGUUGUUGGGGACUUGGAGAAAUUUUAUAGAGUAAAUUUUAAACGAUCUAGACGCACACACACAUACACACACACACAUGUGUACACACAUAUAAAUGCUACAUACGCGCGUAUGUAUUACGUUUCGCGGCGAUGGCGUGGAGGAAAGAAAGUGGAAAAAUACUCGAAUAAUUCUACAAUAAGGAGUGUGUGAGAAACGGCUAUUAUUAUUGUAUAAAGUAAUUAAUUCUGUAAUUAUAAGACAACUGCCAAAAUCCUAGUACUACUGUCGAAGACUCGUGCCGCGCGUUCAGCGCGAUCGUCCGGCUGUCUUUCGUCUAAUAACGACAAAACAAGAGAAAGAUCGUUUCCGAUAUCAUCGCACGAACGAAUCUCGCCGAAUGCACGCUGGACGGAUACCGUUUGUCGACGUUAAUGCGGCCUUCUUCGUCUCCCCGAUCGAAUCCGACCGUAUUUUACACGAGAAAAACGACGCAGCGUGAUCGAUCGAUUGUAAUCAAUUGCACCAACGAUAACUGCCAUUCAACUGGAACCACACCAAUGAAAAUAAUAAAGAUGGGAUCAGCCGAUCAGCGAAGUGCGGGGAAGUCUUUGUUUGAAUUACGCAAGGCGACCGGUCGUCUGUAACGAAACAUCUGUAGAAAGAUGAACGGGGUAAAAUAAGAACAAGGGGAAGUAAAGGACUUUACGAAAUCCUUGCUGGAGAUCGAAAUAUUCUUGGAAAAUUCUUUCACAGUUCGUUUUGUCAAUUUUGUUAAAAAUCUCAUCAUUACUUUUACUCACAAUAUUUUGUUACACGUAAGUCUCGAAAAUACCCCGAUUUUAAAGUAAUAUCUUCCUUAAGAAGAGAUCUCGAAAUUUUCACGAUUCAACGUUGGUCAAUAAACUCCAAUUUGCGUCCAUUGAUAUGAAAGCCUGCGAAUGCAAUCGCGUUUAAUCAUGAUGGAUACUAUAUUUCCCGAACAUUUUCGACACACAACGCUGUCGCAGACGUCAAUUUUUCACUGUCGAUUCGCGAUACCCCAUUUAUUUAGCGCCUGCCGGAAAAUUCGUCGAGCUAGGUGAUUGAUCGAAAACCAUCAUAAUACGUGAGAAACUGCCCGGUAAUUUACACAUUCAAACUUUGAUUUCAAGUGUGUGCGAACAUUUUCUCUCAACAUAUAUUAAUAAAGAUUUCAAAAAUAAUUCUGGUUAAUAUAUCUUUUUAUAAAUAAUUUACAAAAAAAUAUUUAUGUAUCAUUUUUGAUAGAUCAGAACUUGAAUAAUAAUUUUAAAAACAUUGAAGUGUUAUUAAAACGACGAGGUCCAUACAACGUUAAAAACAUAUUACGCUAUUAACUAAUUAACGUUGCAAUGGCGAUUUACCUAUGACUUUUUGCUCACUGGGAGUUUAUUACGGGGAAACUUUGGUGAAACUCGCGGAUUCGUCACUUCGGCCUAUAUUUUGUACUUUGUUCGAUCACCGACUGACGCUUUUAUUAUUUAGAAAAGCGCUCACCGGAGAAAGUCCUCCGCUGUGUGUGUUCGUUUCGCAGUGCUCUCUCGGGCAUUGUUACCAGCAUCGGCACUCUUCAUUGUCCGAUUAGAUGCGUAAGUGCUCGAACGACGAAUUUUCUCAUUUUUGAUAGUUUACUAUGUACAUAAGAAGUCUCGAUUAUAUCGCGCGUGCGGAGGAACAAGACCGGCGCGCGGUCUGUUACAUUUGUGAGCUCACUUUUUGAGGAAACCGACACUCGGCAAGACUGAAGCUGAUGUUACACACAACCAACAUGCGAAUCACACACACAUGUAUACAUGCGCAAAUUCACACACGACAACCGUGGCGAGAUGAGCGCCCGCGAGAAAUCCACGUGCGGAAUCCAUUUUAUUAUAAAUAUUUAUGUAUUUAUAUGUGUACACAUAUCCUCCAAAUAAAUGUAAUAUGUGUUUGAA